AUGAGGGUGUGGAUAGAUAACCUCUUAUCUGUAAACUCUGACAGCUUCAAGAUGCCAUUGCGCAUUGGAAUUAUAGGUGGAGGAAUUGGCGGUCUGACCUUGGCCGUAGCUCUGAGUCGACUCAAUCUCCAGGAUCAUAUCCAAGUCAACAUAUAUGAAUCAGCACCUGAAUUGACGCAAAUUGGUGCAGGAAUAACGUUCUGGCCACGCGCCUGGAAGAUUUUAGAGAAACUUGGUGUAGAUUCCGUGCUUGCAGGUCAACUGUCUCCUGGCCAGCACAUUCCAGAUGGAACUCCACGAUUAGGGUUUCACUUCCGGAAAGCUGACCAACCCAAUGGGACACCUAUUCGAGACCUUGUUUUUGCAGGAGCCGCGCUGUCAUUCCAUCGUGCGGUCGUCCAGGAGGUACUGUUAAAAAACUUAUCGCCUUCUAUUCAGUGCAAUCUAUCCAAGCGGCUUCGAUGCUAUAGUGUUCUUUCAAAUGAAAUCCAGUUAUCGUUUGAAGAUGGAACGACCGCCUACUGCGACCUCCUCGUAGGUGCUGACGGACUCAAAUCCGUGGUGCGGAAGCAGUUCGUCAGGGAAAAUGAGCCUUUCUCUCAAACCACCUCUGACCCUGUGUGGAGCGGAAGCUUUGCGUAUCGAUCGAUGAUCCCUAGCCACCUGAUUGCUGCUGAAUUACCCGAACAUCGCGCACUAAACAUCCCAACGAUCUACUGUGGAAAAAACCAGCAUAUUGUGGCGUAUCCUAUACUCCAGGGCAGUGUCAUCAAUAUCGCUGCGUAUGUAUGCGAUAUGGAGAAAGAAGGCACUCAAUAUGAUGGACCGUCGUUUCAGGAUGCAAAAAAUGAGGAGGUGGUUCCAUUUUUUGACAGCUGGGAAGAGGAAGUACGUUGCCUAGUGAAGCACAUGUCUAAGCCAUCGAGAUGGGCUAUCCAUGCCAUCCAGCCACUACGAUCAUACACAUAUGGUAAUGUGCUUCUCCUCGGUGAUGCCGCUCAUGCAAUGACACCUCAUCAGGGGAAUGGUGCCGGUCAAGCUAUUGAAGAUUCUUACAUUCUUGCACACCUCAUAUCUAAAGCUGUUCAAACCCAGGUGCCAUUGUCUAGGCUGACGAAUAUCUACGACGCCAUACGGAGGCCGUUUGCUAAUUUUGUACACUCAGCAUCAAGGACGCAUGGCCUAUUGUACGAAUUUAAUGCCCCGGAGUUCUUGGAAGUUCAAAAAGGAGAGGAGGUUGGACUUGAAAAGCUGGAAAAGUUAGGAGAAAUGAUUGUAGGCGAUUGGGAAUAUGCAUGGCUCACUACAGCCGAGGACGACUUGGAGAGAGGGCUCGCGAUGCUGUGA